AUGGAUUACGACCACAGGAAGUGGCGUGAGGAAGAGCUCACUAUUCGGAAAGUAAAUAAUGAAAAGUCAUCGGAGAAGUAUGUCGCAGUCUCUUUGGUAUGCGCUGCUUUCCGCAUACGCCACCGCCACCGUAAUGUCAUACGAGCCGCCAAAUUCUCCAGAACAUAUCGUGAUUCAGACACGUUGCUUCAACAUUUAUCAUCUGUGUCCACAGAGAUAUCGACCUCGACAGAAAUUUUUCCAGAUUUGUCAUCGACUGCAUCGUCAUCAGCAGCAAUGACUCGUCGCUUGAUAAUCAGAACGAAGUACAUCAAAGAUCUGACAACGACUUCAUCAACCCUCCCAUCAACUGCAGCAACCACUACACUACCAUCUUCAGAAAUGACUACCAGCACCACUGCUACCAUCGCAACUACCACUGUCACCAUCACUCCGGAGACAACGCAUAUCAUGGAGACUACGCCGUCUUCUAUUACACCAUCUACACCUGAAGGAUCAAGCUCUUCAUCUCCCGAUACGACAGCUGAGAAACAAUUCACACCGAGGCGAGACAAACAGCCUGACUAUGAAGAAGGUGCAAAUCCGUGUAAAUACGGUGAACCGGCCAAGGGUUUCGAUCGGAAGCCAUUGAUAUGCAGUUUGCUAAAUUCAAUGGCAUGCCCUAAGGGAUUCUUUUGCCAUAUUGGAGCUUCUCAAACGGAAACAGUUUGCUGUGAACGAUCUGGACUAGCUGAUCCCUGUAGUUUACCAAUGGACGAAGGUAAAGGUAAUGCACGGCUAGAACGGUACUACUACGACGAUAACUCCGGCGACUGUCAACAGUUUAUUUAUGGUGGAAUGAAAGGCAAUGAAAACAGUUUCCGCACUUACGCAGAAUGCAAGCAGAAAUGCAUGCGAUGGGAUUUGGUUUGUGAAAUAGCACCGAAGGCCUCCGAACAUCGCAGUUGUUCAAUGAAUCGUCGUGAAUGUGGUGACAAGCAAUGGUGUCACAUUGGGACCACUGUUUAUUCUUCGUUAUGCUGUGCUGGAACAUCGAUUAAUCCUUGUGAACUGCCUGUUGCGCAGGGCGUAGGAAAUGAAACAAUAACUCGAUGGUUUGCGGACCGGAACGAUCGCUCCUGUACUUCACAGUGCAAAAUGUUCACUUAUAGAGGCUUAAAAGGAAAUCAGAAUAAUUUCCUCACUAAAGAAGAAUGCGAGGAACAGUGCAAACCGGAAUGCAAAAAUCCCUGCGGCACUGGAAUGAUGCUUCUAACGCUACGACAAAUGCCAUUCUUUUGCUCUUCAACGAACAUUUGCCCACGCAAUUAUUGGUGUCACAUAGGUGCACACAUCGAUACCACUGUUUGUUGUCCAGAAAGUGAUACAAAUCGUUGUGAGCAACCUGUGAUCGAAGGAACCGGAAACAAUAGUUUACUGAGGUGGUAUUUUGAGCCGACCUCACACAAAUGCCUCACAUUUUAUUAUCGCGGAAAAGAAGGAAAUCAAAAUUCUUUCUUGACAGAAGAUGACUGCAAGAAUGCAUGCCCCGCGUAUAGGAAUCCGUGCAGUAAUGGGGAACCGCUUCUGAUGAAUGGUAAAACAAGAAGAUGUAGUGCAGAAGAACGUUGUCCCCACGAAUACUAUUGUCACAUUGGAGCGGAUGGAACACAGAACUUCUGUUGUCGCAAAAACGGGAAUCCAUGUGAUGAACCGAUGAAUCAAGGAGAAGGACAGUCUUUGCUGUUAAGAUAUUAUUAUGAUAAGCAUUCCCAUCGAUGUCAUGAAUUUGCUUAUCUUGGUUCAAGAGGGAAUGCGAAUAAUUUUUUGAGUGAAGAAGACUGUGAAGCAACGUGUCCCGCAGUGCCAAAUCCAUGUGCAUAUGGUAGGCCACUUAGGAAUGCUGAAAACGAACCCAUAAUCUGUGGUGGUAGUGAAGGCUGUCCCGACGAUUACUACUGUCAUAUUGGAAGUUCUCCAGAGACGACAAACUGCUGUCCAGGAUCUAACGAUACAUGUAAAUUGCCAUUAGAAGUUGGAAAAGGUGCAGAACAAUUGAAAAGAUGGUACUUUGAUCGGAAACAACAAAUGUGCCAUCAAUUUGUUUAUCGCGGUCUUUAUGGCAAUGCCAAUAAUUUCAUCACGCGAGAAGCCUGUCAACAGAAUUGCGAGGAGAUGAAUCCAUGCGGGAGUGGAACACCGUUGACGGAACGGGACGGAAGGCGAAUUUUUUGCAAAUCAAAUGGAUCAGAUGAAUGCCCGAACGAUUACUUCUGUCAUAAGGGGUCAUCACCUCUGACAACGCAGUGCUUUAAGAAUUCGUGUGAACAACAGUUAUCUGUUGGACGUGGCGGUGAGGAGAUUCCACGGUGGUUUUAUGAGGCGAGCAAAAAAAAAUGCUCCGAAUUUAUUUACGGUGGUUUGGGCGGCAAUGAAAAUAAUUUCCUUUCAAGGGAAAGCUGUGAGAAAGCUUGCAGAGAAAGGGAGGAUUAUUGUCCUCAUGGCGAUCCACUUAUGGAAGCAUCUGGAAAAAUUCUGGCCAAGUGUGGAGUGAAUGAUGCAUGUCCGUUAGGAUUCAUAUGCAAUAUAAAUGUUCAAAAAAAUAUCACUGCAUGUUGUCAGGAUCCUGCAAAUUUCUGUCUGCAACCAAUGGAUGCAGGACGACAAUGUAAGGAGUUCGAGACGCGAUAUGGGUACGACCCAGAAUUGGACGAUUGUGUUUAUUAUCAGUACGGAGAUUUGUGGGAGGCUUGGAUGGCUAAUCUAUCGGUGCCAGGAAGUGGCUUGUCUAUACAAGCAUUGUUAUCGACCCAUUUACCGUUGCCCUUCUCCUCUACCUCCAAUCUCAUCGAUGAAAUGCGGAAUGAAAUGUAUCUUUUCCGCGUGUCCGCACUCACUCACCAGCAUCGGUUACUACUCACCCCUCCGAAUACUCGUUGA